GAGAGAAGAAGCUGCACAUCCAGGUCACCAAGGAAGAGAGGAGAUCCCAUUACACCGGCUGCAAUUGACAAGGUCCCGCCAAACAGACAGGAGCACGGAUCUAACAGUACAGCCAGAGAGGAGAGACCCCAUCCCAAACACAGAAGGAGAAAGUGGGAGCUGUGCAUGCAGAGAACCCAGAAAAAGGCACCCAGGAAACAGAAAGUAAAGCAAAAUUGUCACUCAGAGAGAGAGAAAUGGACCUCAGCACCCAGUGAAGAAGCAGCACAGUCAGGAAAGAGACGGGUAAUAGAGAGACCCCCCACUAUACAGGGACUCACUAAAGUUUGGAGAAGCAGAUCUGACCCAUGAAGCAGUCACCAAAGAAUCUCAACACAAGAGAAACCAGAGAGCAGUGGGAGACCCUCCUUUGCCUAAUGAGGGUUUAGUCUGCAACCCAUAUAGAACACUGCUUUGUAUAUCUGACUUUGGCACCACUUCUGCCCAAAUCACUGGCACUCUACCAAUGGUAACUGUGGCAGACUGUGGCUCUGGUGCCUGCUGAGAGCUGCUCUAGUUGUUUGUGCCCAACUUUGGGAGCAUUUUCUUAGCCUUCCUUUGACUCCCAGUAGCUUAUAUGAGUGCAGCCUUUCAGCCCCCUCUCAUGAUGAUGCAGCGUCCCCUGGGCAGCAGUACAGCCUUUAGUAUAGACUCACUGAUAGGGAGCCCACCACAGCCCAGCCCUGGACAUUUUGUGUACACCGGAUACCCCAUGUUCAUGCCUUACCGGCCUGUGAUCUUGCCCCCUCCACCACCCCCUCCUCCAUCUCUUUCUCAAGCCACUCUGCAGCCAACUCUCCCUUCAGCGCAUCCCCACCACCAGAUCCCCAGCCUGCCCAGUGCAUUCUGUUCCAGCCUUGCCCAGGGCAUGGCACUUACCUCGACACUCAUGGCUUCUCUGCCAGGGGGAUUCUCAGCCUCCGCCCAGCACCAGAAGGCAGUCAGAAAGUUUGGAGCUCAAAGUCUGCAUGGGGCCUUUGAAAAAAGCAAAGGGGGCCAAUCUGAUGAAGAAGAUGGUAACAAGACCUACAUAACCAAAGAGGGCACCUUACUGCCUUUCUCUGCUUCGGAAGCUUCUCUGGGUCCAGUCCGUGGGCAGGGGAAAGAGGAGUCUGGGAAAGAAGCAGAAGGAAAGGGCAAGGAGGAUUCCUACCUGAUGGACAGUGACCUGGACUACAGUUCAGAUGACAAUAUCUCCUGCCAAACUGCACACAAAGAGGACGACACCCCAGAGGAAAGCCCCCCAAACUCAAAUCCUUCUAAUAACAGCAACACCAGCUCCACAGGGAAGAACCGACGGAGGAGGACUGCCUUCACCAGUGAACAACUGCUGGAACUAGAGAAAGAGUUCCACUGCAAGAAGUACUUGUCCCUGACAGAGAGAUCCCAGAUCGCACAUGUGCUCAAACUCAGCGAGGUCCAGGUCAAAAUCUGGUUCCAGAACCGCAGAGCCAAGUGGAAGAGGGUCAAGGCUGGUAAUGUAAACUCCAAAACUGGGGAGCCUUCUAGAAACCCUAAAAUAGUGGUUCCCAUCCCAGUCCAUGUCAAUAGGUUUGCUAUACGGAGCCAACACCAGCAGCUGGAGCAAGGGAGACCGUGAAACACUGCUAGCACUCCAGCAAAGGAAUCCAUUCUGUCACCCUCCAUUUGUCGGACAACAACCCUUAGAAUCCCUUGACAAAUUAAAUCUGAUGUAGAAUUCUGGGAGAAGAAGUUUCACAACUGUAAGAUCAAACAACAAACAUAAAAAGACUGAACCAGUUCCCUUCAAGACUUUCCAGAAAGAUACUAUUUAUUAUUUGAAGAAGGGGGGACUUCUGCACUUGGGGAGGCUAAAUGUUUAAUUCUAUUGGGCCUGAAAUGUAUGCACAAAUAGAUGGAAAUUGGAUUCUUUUUCAUAGGUGAUGGACUAAACCUCUCCAAGCCAUCUUCAUUCUCCGGUUCUGGACUUGAUAUGGAUAGAGGUAUAGUGCAAGCUCUGGAACUGGACCAAGGGCCAUGUUUCUUCAGCCCAGGAUCUUUUUCUCCAGCUCUUGUCAUUUAAAGGCAAAGGCCCAGAUAUGAACAGACUUUUUUCAUUUUCCAAGAAUCUAAGAUUAUUUUGUGGUUAAUUUAUUCUGUUUCCUAUUCUUAUACAUUUUAAAAUGUAAAAAAUAUUCAGUCUUGUAAAAAAAAUUAAUCAUGUCCCUAAUAAAUAAAUUGAUGGCC